AUGUAUCUUUUGCUAGAAAAAGGGUUUGAAGAGGCAAAACCAGUUAUUGCUGCUCUAAAGGAGAAGGGAAUGUCUGCUAUUGGGGCUGCUGGUUACUGCUGGAGCAGAAUUGUCGUUGUGGAGCUGGCAAAAGCUCAUGAGAUCCAGGCUGCUGUAGUAUUGCACCCUGGGCCUAUUACAGUUGAUGAUAUUAAAGAACCUAACUAUAGCACCUGCUACUUAACAUCAGAGGUCAAGUGCCCGAUUUCGAUACUUGGAGCUGAGAUCGAUCAUGUUUCUCCACCAGAAUUAAUCAAGCAAUUCGAGCAGGUCCUUUCAGCAAACUCAGGAGUUGCUCACUUCGUAAAGAUUUUCCCUGGUGUGGCACAUGGGUGGAGCGUGAGAUACAGCCAUGAUGAUGCAGCUGCCGUGGCGAGUGCUGAGGAAGAGAUGGUGGACACAAUCGACUGGUUCAACAAGAACCUGAAAUGA